AUGGCUGGCCCAUAUCCUCAGCUUGUGCUGUUUGGCGACUCGCUAUUGCAGCGUUCUGUCGACCUUCAAGACGGGUUUUCCAUGCAGGCUGCACUGCAGUCACGAUUCAUUCGACGGCUUGAUGUUAUGAAUCGUGGCUUCUCGGGCUGGACCACUGCCAAUGCUGUCAAGUUUCUCUCCGACAUCUUUCCGAAGCCGACACCAACUUCGCCCAGGAUCAAAUACUUGGUAGUUUUGCUCGGCGCCAAUGAUGCCUCCCUUCCCACCACGCCACAGCAUGUCCCAAUCGAUCAAUACAAAGAAAACCUGACAAAGAUUGUUACACACCCAAACAUUCAAGCACACGAACCAAAGAUAUUAUUGGUGACCCCUCCUCCAUUGGAUGAGAUCAAGUUGACAAAGGUUGACAUGGAAAAUGGUCACGCGUCCGCCACUCGGUCGUCCGCGGUCAGUGCCUCGUACUCGGAAAAGGUGCGAGAAGUUGCUCGUGAGAAUCCAAACGUCAGAUUAGUCGAUCUGUGGAAGGCUAUUAUGGAUAAGGCUAUCAGCAUGGCGCCAAACGAUAUAUACAGGAUGGACCUUGGCUGGGCUCCCCUGAGAACGGCAAGCAGGGUGGAUUGGACAUUCUUCUUCCAGACGGCCUUCAUAUGA